CGCGGGCGGCUCCGUGGCGUUUCCUGCCACGCCGGGCCUGCCGGACCGCGCCGGCGCCGCUCUGCCGAGGACGGUGCGUCGGUCGUCGCCCGCCCUGGUGGGACCUUCCCUGCCGACUAAUCGCUUGGAAUUGUUCUAUGACACAAUGAGUCAUCCCUGUGUGUCUCUUUUGGCUCCACCUGCUCCCCAAGGGCUUGCCAUUCCCCAGGAUGGAGCCCCAGGAAACCAGGUCCUGGCAGUCCCUCUUGAGAUGCCUGAGGCCCAGGAUUUGGUGACAUUUGAUGAUGUGGCGUGGUACCUCACCAAAAGGGAGUGGUUGAGGCUGGACCCUGAGCAGAGGGCGCUGGCGUAUUACGGGAAUGUGACCUCCGUGGGAGUUCCUGUUUUGAAUCCUGCCUUGGUCUCUCACCUGGCUCAGGGACAAGUGCUGUCGGUAUCAGACCCAUCCCUCAACACAGAUCGAGCUCAGCACUCUGAAAGCACUUCGCUGACCCAGCACCAGGUGAUGGGGGAAGACGCCCAGCCACAGGAGAUGGCCUCCACGAGCUCCCCGAGGGCCAGCGACCCCAGCGCUGAGGUCAAACAGAACGGGGACACGGCGGGGAGGGAAGGGGGCCCACAGAGUCUGCCCAUGAAACAUCACUUUGCGUGCAAAGAGUGUGGGGAUACCUUUCGGCUCAAAGUGCUGCUUGUUCAGCACCAGAGAAUCCACAAUGAGGAGAAGGGCUGGGAGUGCGGCGACUGCGGGAAGGUCUUCAGGGGGGUGGCAGAGUUUAACGAGCACCGGAAGAGCCAUGUGGCUGCAGAGCCCCGACCUGGCCCCAGCCGGGCCCUGGAGGAUGCGGUGGAGAGGAGGGAGCAAAUGGAGAGGGAGGCGAAGCCUUUCGAGUGUGAGGAGUGCGGGAAAAGGUUCAAGAAGAACGCGGGCCUCAGCCAGCACCUGCGGGUCCACAGCAGAGAGAAGCCCUUCGCUUGCGAGGAGUGCGGGCGCGCCUUCAAAGUCGACAGCCACCUCCUGCGCCACCAGAAGCUCCACGUCUCGGAGAAGCCCUUCGCCUGCCGGACCUGCAGCCGGGAGUUCCUGGACCGCCAGGAGUUUCUCAAGCACCAGCGCGUGCACAGUGGCCACCAGCCCUUCGACUGUGACGACUGCGGCAAGUCCUUCCGAGGCGUCAGCGGCCUGGCCGAGCACCAGCGCAUCCACAGCGGGGCCAAGCCCUACGGCUGCCCGCACUGCGGCAAGCUGUUCCGGCGCAGCUCGGAGCUCACCAAGCACCGGCGCAUCCACACGGGCGAGAGGCCGUACGCGUGCGGCCAGUGCGGCAAGGCGUUCCGCCAGAGCUCCAGCCUGCUGGAGCACGCGCGCAUCCAUAGCGGUGAGCGGCCCUACGCCUGCGGCGAGUGCGCCCGCGCCUUCCGCGGGCCCUCCGACCUCAUCAAGCACCGGCGCAUCCACAGCGGCCUGCGGCCCUACGAGUGCGACCAGUGCGGCAAGGCCUUCCGCAGGAGCUCCGGCCUCAGCCGCCACCGGCGCGUGCACGGCGGCACCGGGCGCUGCGAGUGCAGCGAGUGCGGCCGCGUGUUCAAGAGGCGCGGGGCGCUGCAGAAGCACCAGCCCAGCCACCGCGACUAGUCCGGCCCGGCAGCCAAAGGAGAUGAACGGUUCUGUAGCGCUUCUGUAUCUUCUCGGCCCAGAGGGUGACGCUGAUUUCCACUGCCACCAGCAAUGUAUAAGUGUCCGCGUUUCCCGUUACGCUCCUCGAGAGCAGCUGUUGCCAUGUUAACCUACUUGUGGCUCGUUGAACUGAACUGGCGGAAAGGACUGUCAAGGCAUUUAAACCCACAUGCCUUGAAUCCGAGAAGGAGAGGAGAGAGAUCCGGCUGGGGGUGCACAAGGGGCUCGGAGGUUGUUUACUCCAGCCACACCUACCCCGAGACACACACACACAGAGCCACUCAGCAGUGACAUCACCAUAAUGUGAUCCCAGCUUUCCCGAAGGGAAGAUUGCCCCAAAGUUUUUUGGCCUACUUGAAUUUAUAAAUUUUUAGGGAUGUAAAUAGAACACUCAAAUGUCUUAUAAUAUUUAAUUUAUUAAUUUAGUUAUGCAUACAUAUUGUAAAUCACAUAUUAUAUAGAAUAAUAUAUUAAUUUAGAAAGUACCCUCUUUUUGCCACGCUCUGUUUCCUGAAAUCAUUUUAUUCUAACUCCUCACGUGCAUUUUUGACCUCAGCAUCUUCACCGACAUGGGAGCCCCCUUUGAGUCCUCAGACAGUUUCAUGUACAUCCAUUCGCUUCCAUCCAGACUGUGUGCAGUAGCACUGUGACAAUCCCUGCAUGAGGCUCUCACUAGACGUUUCCUCCCAGGCCAUAUGAACAGAUUCACAUAACAUUAGAAUAAUUCUUUUUUUUAAGUUUGUCCUGUAACUCUGCAACAUAACCACUUAAGGUGGUGCUUUUUCAAAUGACCUUUAAAAGACUUUUUAAAAAGCAUCUAAAACUUGUCAUUGUGAAGUCAUACUCCCAGUAAUAAUUACCGAAUCUGGGUUAAAUGUCUUCUGUGUCCUUUUUUCUUAAACCAAUUUGCUUUGGUGACUCCUAUACAUAUCCAAAACUAGCUUCGACUGUGGUUGUUUCAGGCUAAUGGGUCUUGUCCCCAAACAGCACUAUUUGGUUCAAAAUAAAGUAGUUGAGAGAGCAUCUCCUUAAUAAGACAGACGUCUCAAGGACUCAAGUGUAGGUGACACCUCCUCUUUGGGAACAAGAGCCUCUCUUCAUAUGAGCCCUCCAUCUCCAGCUCUGUAACCCGGGGGUGAUCACAGUACCUACCUCCUAGCUUAUCACGAGGACUGCUGUCGUGUCUGCAGAGCGCUGGGCACGCCAGCCUGGCAUGGAGGUACACACUCAGUGAAGGUGACCUGCUGUCGGCAUACUUAUUGCUGUCAUUCUACAGCUCAUUAGUACCAGAACUGGGCAUGGACCCCAGGCCUCCUGACUACGAGUCUCAUCUUUCUCUCACGCGAUGACUUCAAUACUAUUUGCAUUUUCUUGCAUGCAAAUUGUACGUUCAUCUCCUUUGACUAGUUAUCAAGUCACCUUUGGAUAUAUUGACUUUAUAUAGCAGUUCUUUCUAUAUUGAUUGUGAUAUUC